CACUCAUAUCUGUUUUUAUUCCCAGUUUAUAUUUAUAUAUUUUUCUCUCGAUCUCUCUCUCUUUCUUAACUGUGUGUUACAGUGUGUGUAAUCAGAACUGAAUCACUGAUCUCUAAAUUAACCGGAAAUCAACCAAUCUCCGGCGGUUUUCAUCACCGGAAUGUCACAUUCCGGCGACCAAUUUAACAGUUUCUUUAUAAAGGUAUAGUUGUAUAGAAGAUGAGCUGGAUUCAGAAUGGGAAAAACCGAAAUCAUGAGAAACCUGUUUCCGGGUGCUUGGGAAGAAUGGUGAAUUUGUUUGAUUUGAAUACUAGUGUGGGAGGGAACAAGCUACUCACAGACAAACCGCAUAAUGAUGGUUCUGCAUUCUCAAGGAAACAAUCAGAUUCGUCCAGUACGAGUUUGAUUGAUGAUCAGAUGGAUGAUAAAUUGAUGGUAUCAAAUUUAAGAAAAUCGCCAUCAAAUAGGAAAUCAAAUGUAACGCCCAUAAAGAUGCUUAUUGCGCAAGAAAUGUCCAAGGAAGACGACUCUAAACAAAGUCCAUCCAAUUUAGUUGCGAAGCUAAUGGGGCUGGACGCCCUUCCACAUCGGCAUCAAUCCAGUUCGGCUUCACGCAGGAGCAAGUCGGGAUCCUUGGAAUUUUUGCAGCAAGAGAAUGGAUUUGUAGAUACACAAGCAAAACAUGAGAAUCAAUAUGCAGAAGAAUACAAAGAUGUUUUUGAAUAUGUGAGAAGAGACGAUUCACCACAAAAAGGAAGAUCUAAUGAAAAGCAAAAGAUGGCCCUUGUUAGAGAAAAGUUCAUGGAAGCAAAACGCUUAUCUACUAAUGAUAAGCUUCGCCAGUCGCAACAGUUUCAAGAUGCGUUAGAAGUUCUAAGUUCAAACAAAGAUUUGUUUCUCAAGUUUUUACAAGAACCUAAUUCUUUGUUUUCGCAAAAUCUAUACAAUCUGCAGUCGGGUCCUCCACCUCCCGAGUCUAGACGCAUUACAGUUCUUAGACCUUCUAAGUUGAUGGAUAAUCAUAAGAACAAUGGUGAUUUUGUAGUUUCUCCUGAAUGUUGCAAAAUCGAUGAUAACCCAAUCCAACCAACCCGCAUUGUGGUACUGAAACCGACCACUGUAAAACCUAAUAACAUCAAAGUUGUUGCUUCGCCCCCUUCUUCAUCACUAGGCACUACAUCGCAUGAUGAUGUAUUUGAUGGGGACCCUGAAGAGAUUGCAAAUGAGAUAUCUGACAAUCUUAGUGAACUUAGAAGAGACGAGACCCUUCUUUCUUCUGUGUUUUCAAAUGGUUACAUUGGUGAUGAUAGUUCAUAUUGUAAAUCGGAGAUUGAUUAUGCAACAGGAAACCUUAGUGAUUCAGAAGUUGUUUCGCCAACUUCUAGACACUCAUGGGAUUACGUUAAUCGGUUUAGCAGCCACUAUUCUGCCUCCUCCAGCCGUGCAUCUUAUUCUCCAGAGUCAUCUGUUUGCAGGGAAGCUAAGAAACGCCUCUCUGAAAGAUGGGCAGUUAUGUCAUCAAAUAAGAAUGUUCCAGAACAACGAGAAAUUCAAAGAAGCUCAAGCACAUUGGGUGAUAUGCUUGCUCUAUCUGAUGUUAAAAAAUCAGUAAAAUUAGAGGAAAACCAUGAAAGUAAGGAGGACAUGGAUAAAAGUCCUACAAGUCUUUUGAGAUCAAAAUCUCUUCCGACAUCUGGUUCUCGACUUGGUAUGGCAGCACCAGGUUCCUUGGAAGAUAAAGUUGAUGUAACCAAGGAUGUGGUGAAGGAAAAACUUUUGAAAUCAUUAUCAUUCAAGGGCAGAGUUUCGAGUUUGUUUUUCUCCAAAAGUAAGAAAUCUUGCAAAGAUAAGUCCAACCAGUCUAUGGAUGUGCCUAAACCUACUAGCUUUCCUUUAUCUCCCCCAAGAAAUGUUCGUAACGAAGGAUCUCAAUUCGGUGAAGAAGCAUCAUGUUCGGGCCUGAAGCAAGAGGUAGGAUUUUCUUUCACAAAAACUGGAUAUCGUGGAAUCUAUAACGAGAACCAGGACCAACCAAGCCCUAUAUCGGUCUUGGAACCACAAUUUGGAGAAGAUCAUGUAACAGAUUGUCAUCGAAUUUCCAAGCCAAAUGCACUUGCAGGUAUAGAGAAUAUGAAAUACAACUUGAUUGAUAAAUCUCCACCAAUUGGAUCCAUAGCCCGAACUCUAUCCUGGGAUGAUUCUGUGGGGUCAUCCACACCUUAUGUCGGCAAACGCUCAUCCUCACCCAUUAAUCCAGAAGCAGAGGAACAAGAAUGUUUAUUCUACGUUCAAACCUUACUAUCAGUGGCAGGUCUCAAUAAAGUACGGCCAAACUCAUUUUUAGGCAAGUGGCAUUCACCCGAAAGCCCUUUAGAUCCAUCCUUGAGGGACAAGUACAUGAACCAAAGUGGAAAAGAGCCCAUACCGACCCAGACUAAACUAAGACAUCAAAGAUCAAUUACAAAACUCGUUUUUGACUGUGUCAACGAGGCGUUGAUAAAUAUUGCAGGUCGUGGGCCCUAUAGCGGGCCGCACAACGGCUUACAUGACAUUGCAAUGUCAUCAACGACCCUAGUGGACCCUGUAUGGGGUCAAAUGAAGGAAUGUAUAUCCGCGGAGGAAAGGUGCGAUUGGGACGACAUGGACGGUGAUAGUGUGGUGGUCGAGAGAGUGGUGAAUAAGGAGGUGGUUGGGAGGGGGUGGUUGGAAGGUUUGAGGUUGGAAAUUGAUAACACAAGAAAGGAAAUAGAAGGGAAGUUGUUAGAGGAAUUGGUGCAGGAAUCUGUAUUGGAGUUGACUGGUAGAGCUUGAUGAGGAUUUUUUUUUUUU